CCCAUCGUCGUUCAAGGCCGGUUGAGUGAUGGCAUCAAGCUGUUAGUUUAACUGUUGCUGUGGAGUGGCUUGUCUUUUGUCGUAGUUGACGUUCCGAAGAAAAAGUUUUGUGUCUUGGGAAGUGGCAGGAGAGAUAGCAGCUUCACGGAGACGAGACGAGUCCAUCUUGGUUGCUUCCGUGCUUGCUCCUCUGCAUUGUAAGAUUGUGACGACGGUGCCAAUCACACGCUGGCUGGUCUAGAGCACCUCUGUUUUUACCGUUGGUGAUCUCUUGUUAUCCUUGCUGAAACCUGAUAUCAUUCAUUGCACCACCACCACAACAGCAACGACAACAACUAGCUAGAAGAAAGAUGAUGGCGGAUGCAUUCUGUGGCAAGGGGGAGGGAUACGAUAGCAUUCAUCCUCCCAAUGUGGUGUUGGUGAGUUCCACUCAGACCAGCCCGGGGCAUGAUCAUGAUUUGCCCAUUUGCUCUCCAUUGUCCACGGCUCCCAAUUCUCCUUUUCGUGGACCCAGCUACGAUGAUGACGAGGACGAGGAGGAAGAGGAGAUUUCACCCCAAGAAAUACAAGAGCUCUUGGAUACACCCGCGUCUCGGCAGAAGCAUCCCAUUCGAAUGGUGGAUGUGCCGUUUGAUGAAGGAAAUCAUACCAGAAAAGACAAACCAGAUCCCUUGUUGGGAAAUCCUCGUCUCUAUGUCAAGACACCCACAACAACUAGUACGAAACCAGCCAUUGUCAGUCCUGCUGCUGCUACCAUGACAGGAAAGAGUCAUGUGUUGGAACCCGUGGAUGACAUUGAUGCUUACAGAGAUGAAGAGGAUGACGCCGACGCUGCUAACAAGGAGGAAAAGAAGGUGGAUGAUGCACCACGCUUACCUAUUUACACCCGUGGAUUCGCCAAGACACCCGAGUUUUUGGCUUCCUAUCCUCGCGUCGUCCCUCAUGCCGUCUCGGAGGAUGAAAGUGUCCCCAUGGAUGAACGACCCACCGGCAACAACUGGAAACAGCAACAAUCCUCGCCCUUGUCGGAGCAUGAAGAAGUGCAGAGCGAAGCGAGCGACUUUAUUGAAUGCACACGCAGCGGGGAUGACGAUAUUAUCCAAGACGAAGAAGAAAAGACUCCCAUGAAAAAGGCUCUCAGAACCGCCGAACGAGAAGUUCAGGAAAUGGAACGACGUGUACAACUCAUGCUAGAGCAACGGAGACAAACCAGUCAACGGUCGCAGCAGAGGUUUGUCCAAGAAGAAGAAUCCUUUCAUGACAGACCAGAUCCCAUGAUUGAGAUUGACGGAGAACCACCUUCUCUUUCACCAGGCGCAAGGAGGAAUGCGUCCAUGGACUCGGGAACUUCAUCCUAUUACUACGAUGGAUCGGCAAUUGCCAGUAGUAGCACUGCCAGCAGUAUCAACAAUACCACUCACAGUAGCAUCAACAAUACCACACUGGACACUACGGCCUCAUCCUUGCCACCAGCUGCGAGACGACGACGACCCAAAGACAACACGGAUUACUAUCUGGCAGGUGUAUCCUCACCCACCAAUGCAUUUGAUGCCUUGGCAUCCAGCUUUGAACAGGAAGGAAAUAAUGGAUCCUUUGCCCAGGUCAUGUCAGGGACGAGCAAGGCAUUUACCCAAGUCACGGACGAUCUCACCAAUUUCUUGGUGGGACCAGCUUCUCCCAAACAACAAUCACCACAAUAUCCGCCUGAACAACGGUAUCCUCCCGUAAGCCCGUCUCAUGACAGUGACUGCACACCUAAUGCUGGCAACCUGUCGCCUCGGUCAGUACGCAAGCAGACUUACAGGAACGACGAUGACGAAAACAUUGAUGUUCUGUUCAGUCGUCAACGUGCCAGUGCAAAAUUGGCAAGAGCACGCUCCUUGAUAUCGGAACGUCAAUCCAAAUCACCUACUUCGGUACCGCCUUUUGAUCCCAAACAAAGGGCUCGUCAGGUCAUGAACAAGCGAGAGAGAGAACAGCAGAGUCUGAGUCGUCCUUCUUCCACUACGAAACGCAGCAUUAGCAGUGCGGGUCGCGUGGAAGGAGCAACUCGUGCUGUGGGCUCUGCUUCAAGAGUUUCUAAUAAUGCUUCCAAACAACAUCGCAGCAGCAGAGAAGCCGAGGCGAAUAUUCCAUUUCCACCGACUCUUCAUCGGAUUGCCGCCAUGAUGGAGGAGUCCCUGGGUGGUGGUGAAUCAUCUGCAGAAAUUGCCGAGGAAGUGGCUCGUGACCUUGCGGCAUCCAAUGCCGCAUACAGCACUUCGCCAGCACCUGGUGACGAUUGGCCGACUAGUGUGAGUCAGUUAGUCGAAGAGUAUCAGACAGCGAUUACAGCGUCGCUCAGGAACUUGUCCAUGGAGGAAGUUUCUGGGCUUGCAGCUGCAGCAGGGAAACAGCACGUUUCCCCUGAAUUCGGUAAGGGCACAAUGGUAUCUCCUGGCGUGUCAGUAUCACCCCCGUCGCGAUCCCCCAUACCGCGGGAACUCAACGAAGCUGUUGCUGCUACUGCAAAUAACACUGCCGCAGAUUCCACACCAAAUAAGCAAACAGUUCCCGUCCCUUCUUCCACAGACAAGACCAAGAAUGAAUCCUAUGACAACUUUAUGGAAGAAAUGACACUUGGGGCUUGCUUACAAAUGCCAGAUUUGAAUCAUCCUCCUCUGCAAGACUCUCAUCCAAACAGCACCACGGCCCAAAACGUUGCAGGGUUGUUGACAUGCGAGAGAAACACGGAAUACGAGUACCAUGAUCAGCAUGACGAGGAAGAUCGGCAGCUACAUGCAGUUGAGCAUCAUGAACGGGCUCUCUUUGCCAAGCAACUGUCCGAGCGACUUUUGACUCUCAGCCCAAAUACGUCCACAGACAAGAGCGGCUCUAUUGACGACCCGUCACCGGCGAAGUUUAACCAUGUGCGAAAGGAUUUAGGGCUUGCGUUUGUUGCCAACGAAUAUCCUGGAAUAUCACUUCCGAAACGAACGAAUGCCAGCAUGCUCACGUCGGAUUCCAAGGACGAUGGUCGUGGAGGGCUCUUUGCUUCAAAUGUACCUCGGGAUCUUCCAAUUUCCGACGAUCAACCAAGUAUGUUGUCAGAGGCUUUCAGUUGGGAGCAUCCAAGCCGAGGCGCAACUCCUGAUCGCUCAAGCCAGAGCAAACCUACUUCCGCUUCGAAAUUGAACAUCUCCAGUGGAUCGCAUAAGCUGUCAAGCAUCAAACCGACAAUGGUAGAGAGCAUUGACAACGAAACGGGUAUUUCCAAGGGUGAUGUAAUGUUGUCGUUGCUCUGCGACAACUCAUUUUAUGCAUCGAUGGAAAAGCCUGAUUCUUGGGCGUGGCGUGUCCGGGAAGCCAUUUUGAGAGGGCGUGAAAUGCGACGAACUAUGUUCACGGAUGGAGGUCGGGCCGCUGUUAACCAAGAUGGCUCCGUUCGUGAUAGCCGACGGUCUCUACCGGUGGACGUAGAUGAUGUUCGUGUAGUGGGAGGCAUUCACAACGUGGCUUCGAUUCAAGCAAAAGCGUUGGGGCACAUGGACCUGGACGAGUUUGAGCAAGCGCUGGAACUGUACGAGGACAUUAUUUUCAAUUAUUACUCAUUCUUCGAGCAGGUUCUUGCAAAACGGGACGAGUUCUCCUCAGAGGAUGUUACGAUGGAGCUGUCCAACUUCAAGCCAUACAUUGGUGCAUCUUUGCACAACCUUGGGGUCAUUCACUUGCUGAAGGGAGACUACGAAGAUGCGUUCUCGUUCUUCAAGCGAGCUGUGGACAAUCGACGGGCGUGCCUCGGAGAAGGACAUUCUGAUACAGUUACAUCUCUAGUUCGCUUGGCGACUUGCCGCUUUGCAAUGGACAAUUUCGCAGAUGCGCAUACCAGCUUGGAACUGGCACUCGCCCUAGCCGGCAGCAAAGCAAAGACAACAAACGACUACUGCCAACUCGGUGAGAUUCUCAACAAUCUUGGAUGCCUAUCGUACAUGUGUGGUCAGCCUUCGAAGGCCAUGAAGCUUUUCAGAGAAGCCUUGGACGUUCAACUGGCGGUUCUCAAUUCGACGCUGUACGGAGGUUCCAUGUACUCUGCACACUCGGCCACCUUGAACAUCUCGAUUACUCGAGGGAACAUUGGAUUCUUGGCGCUCGUGUUAAAGGAUGUUUCCAGUGGGAUUGUGGCGCUGGAGUCUGCCUUGCGAGAACAACGCCUCCUCCUUAAUGGGGCCCAUGUAACUCUGGUGUCUACAAUGGACCACUUGGCUGUUGCCAACCUUCUCGAAGGCAGAACCCAAAAAGCAAUCAAGAUGCUUCGGCGCAUUUACGAGUUGCAACGAACCGCACAUGGGGCCAACGACCCACGUACGAUGGCGACUCGACAAAAGAUCUUGACCAUUCGAGGCCAACAAAUGGCGGCGUCUCCGAAUGCAAAUACGGCAAAAGAGGCUGAUACUCCGGUCAAUGUACGUAGCCCACGAGAGGCUCCUCCCGACGAACGCAAGGUAUCUCGGUCCAAAUCCGAAACUCCGGUUGUGGUCACCGAUUUCAGGCACACCCCACAAGCACAGAGGCCACUGAGCCAACCCAUCAUUCGACAGGCCAGCGAUGGUUCCAGAGACCCCCGUAGCAGCUCCAACAGUGUUUCCACGAACGGCAACUCUGGUGGCAGCAAGGUCAACUCGGUUUUCAAGGCAUUUCGAUCUCUUGGGAGGAAGAAAGCGACCUAGCUAGCUAGCACUGCGCUUUGAUUUAUUGUUGCUUGUUCGCUUUUUUGGUUAUCAAAGUGGGGUAUUGAAACAAGUAGUUUAAAUUCCAUUCAGUUUAUCCCAAGGCAGCCAAAUUAAUCGCUGGCUGCUCAUCUUCCACUGCUUCGCUAGCUA